AUGACUGUCCACAACAUUGAGACCGCCGCCGGCUUCAAGGAGACCAUUGCCGCGAACCCCGUCGUUGUCGUCGACUGGUUCGCGACGUGGUGCGGCCCCUGCAAGCUCAUUGCCCCCCAGAUCGCCAAGUGGUCCCAGUCCAUCCCGUCGAUCCACUUCGCCAAGGUCGACGUCGACGCGCUGCCCGACCUCGCGCAGGAGUACAGCGUGCGCGCCAUGCCCACCUUCCACAUCUUCAAGGACGGCGAGAAGGUCGACGAGUACGUCAGCGCCAACCCGCCCGCCCUGCUCAAGGUCAUCGAGAAGUGGAAGCCCGCCGAGGAGGGCGAGGCCGCCAAGGAGGAGGAGGCCAAGGCCGAGUAA